AUGUUCCCCCAGCUCGUCACUGUCGUUCUCGUUCUCGUUCAAGUAGCUGAAUCAUGCUUUCCAAGUGACGGAGGAAAUGGCCCUCGUCCUUGCCCGUGCAGUAUCGACAGUGUGGCUCUAUUAAAUGAAGUCGGUACCUUUCCAGGAUCCGGCACAAAAUCAAUUAAUCCAAUAGGAACACCAACUGUUGAUGAUAAGGGUUGCCCAACUGCCUAUAAAAUCACUUGUGAGCCAACGACUGGAACUACUGUAAUCAUGGAGUUCCAAGACAUGAUGGGAGGAGCACAACAGACGACGUCGGUCGAACUGACUUGCGAGAAUGGCGACUUUGUUCACAAAUCCGACCAAGGAACACUUCUUGUCAUAUCAGUGCAAUGCAUGGAAUUGUAG